AGUAUGAGCGCAAUAUGCCACUUGCAUACGUCACGGCAGACUACAUUGUUGAGUUUGAGAGCUUGAGAAUGGUGACUAUGAACUACUCGACCCCGUACUUGGCCAUGUAAACAUGUACAACGUAAAUUUGUUUGUCAUACUGUUGAGCUUGGCGUGCGCUUGUUGCUGGGCCCAGUUCGAUGGAACUGUCGCAGCGCGAACUGCUCUGGAGCUGCGGGACGCGCUUGCUAACCCGAGCGUUACGCAAAUCCUGGUGAAUGGGACGAUUAAGGUCAACGGCUCGGACUGGGGUGCGUCGGUCAGUGUCACGCGUAACGUCACAGUGUCCGCCACCGACCGACCUUCCAGCCUGCUUCGGGAAGAGCAUCGGUAUCCUAUCCUGGAUUUCGGCACAGCGGUCAUGCUAUUCUCCAUCGGACCUGGAUACGCCAUCACGUGGAUCGGCCUCGGCGUGUACUUCGACCACGCUACGCUUGGGCCCAUCUUCCGCGCUGUACGCUUGUCACCCGGCGCCCGCCUGAUAUAUGUCGACUGCUUUAUCAAGCGACUGGUGGGAGUUUCUUACGAGGACGGCAUCCGAAACGCGCAGUCCCUCCAACGGCCCGCGGCCUUCCCGGGAAACCAGACCGUACUCAUUGUGAACAACGUCACACUUUUCACCAGCGAGCCGGAGCCGCGUGUGUUGGACCGCGCCGCCUUGAUGGUUGACUACGCAGGCUCUACGCCACCUGACAUGACGAUGGCGUCCCAGGGCCUCUAUUUUGGAGGCUAUGACCUCUGGAUCCGAAAUUCCUACUUCAUUAAUGAGUAUUUUGCAAACUCGACCUGCCUCGCCACUCGGCCGGGCAGCGAGUGCCUGGCCAUUCUGCUAGAUGAGGUUGAAGCGGACAAGGCCCGGAAGGAGGCAGCAAAGCAGGCGGCUGCGGACAGCGGCAGUGGCGGCGGUGAUGACAACACUGCCACGAUCGUGGUUGCUGUGGUGGUGCCGGUGGCCUCCGUGCUCCUGGCGGCUCUAGUGGGGUCCAUCUGGUGGGUGCGCCGCAACAGGCGGCGGGAGCUUGAGCAGCAGCAGCGCGCCAAAGCCGCCGCGGACAAAGCAGCAGACUUGGAGGCGGGCGGCCCACGGGAGAAGACGGGAGCUGGCGGCGCGCGGCUGGGCGUGCUAGCGCGCGGUGUGCAGGAUAGUGGUGGUGGCGUUUUCUUGGGCAUCAAUGGCGAUAAGGAUCUGCCGGAGUGGUCGGAGGCGGCGCACCAUGAGACGGACGACCUUGGAGACAUGGAACAGCCUGCGCCUGCAAUUGGCCUGGCCGGCAAUGGCGGGCGGGGAGCGGACAGUGUCAUAGGCACCGGCACCAGCAGCACGGCGGUUCAACCGCCACCGGAGCAGACAACGUGCCAGCUGCAAUUUGCAGGCACGGUGCAGAGCUCGCUGUGCGCAGGAGAGGGGCAGGCGUUGGCAGGGCAGCAGCCGGAGCCCGGAAGCGGCAAGCAAGCAGCCGCGUCAGACCAGGCGGGAGCCAACAUCAGCAUGCAUGACCGGUCACAGCGCGUGUCGACUGCUGCCGCUCGUAUGAAGCCGGCGCUCUCGUGUGCUCUGGAUGGCUCUGUGGCGCCUGCCCUGUUGUCGGUUGGGCUGGACGGCCAAGCAGACAAGCUACUGACGGAGUAUGCGCUCUCCGGUUCGGCGGCUGGCAUUGUAGACAUCAAGGUCCCGGACCGCGCGCCGUCGCCGCAUGAGGUUGUGGCAGAGCUGGGAGCUCUGGUGAAGGAGCUUCGUGGCAACGUCAACCACGUGGCGAUUGUGCUUGAGGGCGUGUUGGGGCACGGCUCGUUCGGCACCGUGUACAAGGGCACGUGGCAAGGGCUGUCUGUGGCGAUCAAGACGGUUGUGUUCUCAGCCAACCAGGAGAGCCGCAAGCAUGCUCUCAAGGAGGCAGCACUAUGCCAGAGCAUCAGCCACCCCAACGUCAUUGCCACUUACGCGAGUGAGCUGCAGCCCAUUGGGGUGCUGCCCACGUCUGCCGCGUCAUCUGACGCACCCAGCGUGUCAGGCCACACGCCUCGGGCCUCCGGCACGGGCUCGCACCUCAACAUCAUGGACUGGCGUCUGUACAUCAUCCAGGAGUUUGCGGACGGGGGGCCGCUGGCCAACCUGUACGGACACCGCGCGCUGUGGCUCUCGCCCGGCGUCGUCAACCUGGCGGCGGUGGUGCCCCUGGCCCUGGGCAUUGCCCGCGCCCUGGCGCAUCUGCACUCCAAGCGCAUCGUGCACGGCGACCUCAACCCCAACAACGUGCUGCUGAAGCGGGACCCCGCGGAGCCGUCUGGAUACGGGGUCAAGGUCGGAGACUUCGGCCUCAGUGUGAUGCUGCCCCACGACCGCACGCACUUGAGCAACAUCCGUAUGGGCACCAUGUUUUACAUCUGCCCAGCCGUGGCGUGCAAGGGCCGAGUGGGGCCAGCAGCAGACGUGUUCUCUCUGGGUGUCAUCUUGUGGGAGCUGUACCACGGCCGGCGUGCGGGAGUCCGAACCCAGGAGGGGCCCCGGUACUGUAGCAACUUCCCCGCCUUCCCGCCCACCUGCCCCGAGGUCUACAAGGCUGUCACGCUGCAGUGCCUGCAGCGUCAGCCGCAGAACCGGCCGCCUGCGACCGUUAUCGUGGGCGCGCUGGAGCACCUGCUGGCAAACCUCAAUCCCGUGCCCCCACCUGAAACGGUGAUGAAUUAAAUAUGCUAACGAAGAUGAGCUACUAAUGCAGAUUGGAGAAGGCAAGGGCAUGCAUGUGCAAUCGGACAGCAGCGGGAAGUUGGGUCGCACGCGCAACACGCAUGUGGAGGUGCACGGUGGCGGGUUGCGUCUUCAUUUCGGGCUGGUACGUUGUGGGAAUGCAUUGUACGUUCUCUUGUUGGGACUGGCGUGGGAUGUAUGUGCCGGACUGACGCCGUAAUCUGCAUCAACCAUAAUGUCGUGCUGCACCAGCAAGCAGUGUAAGGGGCCAGCUGACAGUGCCUCCUUCGCCGCUUUGCUUAUUCUUUGGUGUGCAUGGGAUUGGGUAGCGGGUGAUGUUAUAUUGUAACGGACGAGUUGCGGGCGCUGUCGUGGAAAUGCUGCGCUUCGUUACUUGAUAGGGGCUGCUACAGGCGGUGGCGCAGGGCCUGGAGGCGGCGGCGCCGCCGCAGGCCCUGGGCCCAGCAGUGGCUGCGUGUAUGUGCGUAGCAGAGGGGGCAGGCCAGGCCACGUGGAGAGCGCGCCGCCCUUUCUUGUCAUAGCGGUGCAAGUGAACGGCAUGCAUUCAGAGAAGUCCCCGUGGUAUAGCUUGAUGCAGUGUAGCAAUUGCAGUGUUGCAUGACGCUUGGCCCGGUAAACCAGCAGCACUGCUUUAGUUAAAUCACUGGCCUGCACGUCGAUGAUUGGGAUGUGGGGGCACGUGUGAUAAGUCUACUGCUGCAACAGUCCACCAAGGGGCAUAGAUGCUGCAUGGCCCUACUGCUGCUGUAUGUGUGUUCCAUGCGCCAUCAACGAGGCAGUGCAUAAGUUUGUGCUUUUGUGAUGAUUGAUACAGCGCAACGGCCGAGGGACACAUGACGCUUGUUCAGGAGAGCAUACAUGUGGAACCAUGAUGGUGAUGGUGUUGGAUGAUGGGGGCGGAGCUAACAAAUGGAGAAGGAGGAGAGGGAGCUGUUCCUAAUGAGGCCGUACGGCCUGGGUCUGUGCGUCUUACGUCAGUGAUAUUAUCGACGUGCUUGAAAAAACGCAACACAAGCGAACAUGACGUGAUGUGUUGAGCUGUCAGGCGUGCGGUUGGUUCGGCGCUAACCCUCUUACACCGUUCCGGUUAUCGCCGCCUGUGCCAGGCGUAGGUCAGACACAUUAAUGUGCGAUGGGCCACAUUGAUGCUGUGUCCGGGAACGCGGUGAGUGUGAGAGGGCCUCGAAAGCAGCAGUGGUGAUACGUGUACUUUGCACGUGCGGCGUGCGGCGCGGCAAUCCUCGUAACUACCAACACUUCAACUGACACACGGGGAUCACAAACGGGCUUUCGCGCAACUGCCGACGAACAGGGGUGGCGCGUGGCGUGGCGGUUGGGGCGCGGCGCGAGUGGGAGGUGGUAGUUGAGCGCCCACGCGUGUGGAAAGCUGCGACAUGGCACGGCGGAGCACGGCGAAGGCUGGCGGUUGGCGCGCCACGCGAGUGGGAGACUGGGAGUGCAUAGUCGCUCGCGCGCCGUUUGCGUGGAUGAGCGAGGCGGGGAGGGGGGGAGUAAAAGUCAUGUUUGCGUAGCGUGACUUGACUUCAAUCUUGGCUACAUGGUGUGGACUUUGAUUGUCGUGCACGCACUGAAACAUGUGUCAAGCGCUGCCUACAUGCGCACUGUGUUUGCCCUGGCCUCACAGUACGGUUACACUCGCUUGAGCCCCCGCUAGUCAGGUGCAGCAGUCGUAGCAGAGUGCGUGACGAGGGAGGGGCAGGAAUACUUGUCACUGGAAGGGGGAGACGGUGGGCUGCUGUCCGUUAGGAGGGGUGAAACCCGUGUGCCAGUAGCGUGCCGCGUAUCGUAGCUGCGUCUUAGGACGUGUGUCACUUCCCACGUCAGCGUGUUCGGCAGCCUAGAGCAUUUGCAGCCAGCCCAGUACUAGGGCGGCAUUGUUGUGUGAUGCAUACUGACUCCCAAGUGUGUGCGCAGCGAAGUGUGCAUGUGGCGCAUCCAAAUGUGCUUGCGGUAUGGCGUGUACAGGGGCGUGUACCUGGAGCAUGUGUGGGUGGAGUGCGAGCGGACGGCUGGAUGGGGACCGCACACUCAAAUUGCAUGACCACGUCUACAGUAACCCAUACGUGCGAGAGCUGUGACUCUCUGUAAACCGUAUCUUGUAAUACCGUGACCGUGACCAUCAUCUGCGUGUGAUAACUCUUUCCAGCCAGCCGCAACUCCGCUGUUUGACUGUAGUCGCGCGUCUCGGCAAGCACCAAGGCGUGUCAUGCGAUAGCGGGUGACUGGCCAUGGCAUGUAACCAUGUUAGGGUUAGUGUGCUGCGGCAUGUUGACGUGUCAGGUUUCUUUACGGGUGGCCUGUCAGGAGUCGAGAGACCGCGUCAGUUUUGCAUGAGGACCGUCAGCCCUGCUGUGCACGUGUGUUCACGACCUCGUUUUGAGUCGCUGCAAGUGGUGGGAGCGACGUGCAAGUGUAGCCUGUGCCACGUUGAACACCUCCCCAAAUGUGUGUGUGUGUGUGUGUGUGUGUUAAAGAGCACAAGGAUAACAUCGCGUAAAGACAGUGCAUGUGUGUGUGUGUGUGUGACUACGGUUUCCACGGUUGUUUUGCCAGAUCACGUGAAUCGUGUAUCUGGUAAAAACCAACGACAGGGCUCUCAAUCGAGGGCUGCCGUGACCUGGCGUUUCCCCGGCAGAGCGCAAACAGCUCUGGAGUCCACAGGGUAACGCACUGCGACCCUUCACCGCGCCAGUAAUCCUUGCGGAAUUACUACCGGUGUAACAACCUCAGACC